ACCUCACACACCGUAAAAAAAAUGAAAUGAGUUGGCAAAAACCUAAUAUUACAGCACCAAAAACAACCGUAAAAAAGAAAGUCAAAAUAAACUACCGCACCUUCAUCUAAUCUUGAGGAUGAGAUUCAGCUGUGCAUCAUUUUUCACAUAAAUUUCAUUUCUUUUGUUUUGGUUGAGUUUCUUUUGGAUAAAAAUACGUUUCGAGAAUCAAGAAUUGAAUCUUGGAAAUACGUUUGAAGAAUCAAGAAUUGGAGUGGUGAAAAGGAGAGAUCAAGAGGAGGAAUUUGGUCUCCUCUUGGGUGGAAUGGAAAAUUUGGAGGGGAUUAUACAGAGGUUGUUGGAAGGGAGGAAUAAUAGAGGGAAGAGAAUUCAGUUGACUGAACCUGAAAUUAAAAAUCUUUGUCUCACUGCUAAACAAGUUUUCCUUUCUCAGCCUGUUCUUCUUGAAUUGGAAGCUCCCAUUAAUAUUUGUGGUGACAUACACGGACAAUAUCCAGAUCUUCUACGAUUAUUCGAGUAUGGUGGAUUUCCACCAGAUUCCAACUAUUUAUUUCUUGGAGAUUAUGUAGAUAGAGGAAAACAAAGUAUAGAAACUAUAUGCCUUCUUCUCGCCUACAAGAUCAAGUUCCCAGACAACUUCUUUCUCCUUCGAGGGAAUCACGAAUGUGCUUCUAUCAACAGAAUCUACGGAUUUUACGAUGAGUGCAAGCGACGUUUCAGUGUUCGUCUGUGGAAAACUUUCACCGAAUGCUUCAACUGUUUACCAGUAGCGGCAGUAGUGGAUGACAAAAUCCUAUGCAUGCAUGGCGGACUCUCACCAGAAAUGGAGAGCUUGGAUCAGAUUCGAGCUAUAGAAAGACCGGUAGAUGUGCCAGACCAAGGUCUUAUAUGUGACCUCCUCUGGGCGGAUCCGGAUAGAGACAUCAGAGGGUGGGGCGAAAAUGAUAGAGGUGUUUCCUUUACCUUCGGAGCCGACAAGGUUGCUGAAAUCUUGAAGAAACAUGAUCUUGAUCUCAUAUGCCGAGCUCACCAGGUAGUGGAGGAUGGAUACGAGUUCUUCGCAGAUAGGCAAUUGGUUACCAUAUUCUCUGCGCCGAACUACUGCGGAGAGUUCAACAAUGCGGGCGCGCUGAUGUGUGUCAAUGAAAGUUUGCUCUGCUCAUUUCAGAUUCUGAAGCCCUGGAAAGGAAAAGCAGGACAGCUUGAAUAGUUUCCUACCAACAACGAGGCGCAUUUCUUGUCUUCCAUAGUCAAUUUAGUUAGUGCUCUGCUUCUUUUUCAAUUUUCACUUGUACAAUAUUCAGCUUGGAAUGAGAUAAAGCCUCUACAAAAUCCAGGUUUAUUCAUGUUUAACUUAGAGAUAUUAUCAGAAAGCUGUGUAUAUAAUACAUUAUAUGGACAACUGCUGAAACAAAUAAGCAGCCCUUGAAUGCAUUUCCAAUUUUACAA